AUAUGGUGGUAGACACGGGGGGUUCACAUCCUCUAUGGAGAAAUUGAUCUCUUAUUAGCUCUUCACUUCAAUUUACAAUUCAACCAAGCUCAAUAUUAUCAACUCGGAUUUUUUUGUAGAGAAACAAACAGACACAGAUUGCGAGAUAUGGAGAUUGAUCAUUUUAGCCAUAAACAUCCACUGAUCUUGUUGGAAGACCUCAAUGAAAACAGAGUCAACAAGAUCAUUUUAGUCAAAUGAUCAUUUGACAAUAUCAUUUUAGUCAAAUGUUCCCAAUGUUCCUAUUUCUCAUUGCACAAAGACUGUGCCCAACUUCCUCACCAAACAAACCACCCUUUACAUCUCCACCACCCUCUCACUCUCCUCACAUCUCCUCCGUACCCUCGCAACGAUUGCAAUGCUUGUCGACGACCUUGCAAUGGCUUCACUUACAAUUGUUCCAUUUGUGAUUUCAAUCUUGACUUGAUGUGUGCGUUUUUGGUUCAGAAGAUCGAACUCAAUUUUCACGAACACCCUUUGAUUCCAAUUCAAAGGCCAGCCUUGUUCUUGUGCGAUGCUUGUGGAAUUAAACACGAAGGCUCGUCGUAUCAGUGUGGGACUUGUCAAUUCUGGGUUAAUCAGAAAUGUGCUUCGUUAAUGAGUACAAUCAAACACAGUGAUCACGAUCAUUUUCUAUCUCUUACCUAUUCUCUUCCGUACGAAGAUUAUAGAUUCAAAUCAUACUGUGACAUUUGUUCUAAGAAAGUGAACAGAGCCAACUGGCUUUAUUGUUGUGCUGAAUGCAAGUAUUGUGCUCAUGUGAAUUGCGCUACAUCGAAAUCGAAGUUGUCUUGGGUUCAUAAAAUAAGACAGAUUGACCAAAAAAUAGAGGCUAAAGAACUUGAGGGCAAUCUGAUUUGCUUGCCAUUGACUGAUGAAUCUGUUAAUGGGAUCCCCAAUUUUACGAAGCCAACACAGAUGUAUCAUGUUUGUCAUCCCCAUCCAUUAUAUUUUGCUGAUAUGCAGAUCAAUGAUGGAUCAUAUUCCGAUAGUAAAUUGCUGGUUUGUGAUGGAUGUUCAAAACCCAUGUCAGUUCCGUUAUACCGUUGCACUGAGUGCAACUUCUCUCUCCAUGAAUGUUGUGCUGAGUUACCCAUUGAAAUGCGACAUCCACUUCACCUCCAACACCCACUCAUCUUGAAUAGAUGGCAGUCUGGAUAUUCUGAUCCCCCCUCAUGCCAAAGUUGCAAAAUGUGUUGCAAUGGGGUUUUGUUCGGUUGUUUAGCCUGCAAUUUCUUCCUAGACAUUGAGUGUGCUCUCCUGCAAGGUCUUAUUGUACAUGAAGCUCAUGAGCACGCCCUUGCUCUAAGGAAAACUUCGAAUGUUCAGUGUGCUGUAUGUGAGUAUACGUGUUCCGGGGUUGCAUUUGUUUGUGGAAAUUGCAAUUUCAAUAUACACUUGCGAUGUGCCUUUUUGCCACGCACAGUUAGGCACAAAUGUGAUGAACACCCGCUCACCCUAGCCUACUCUGCUGUCAAAGACAAUUCAGAUGAGUAUUACUGUGAAAUAUGCAAGGAACAGCUAAACACACAAUUCUGGUUCUAUCACUGUGAUGAUUGUAAUCAAUCUCUUCAGAUACAAUGCAUCCGUAAAGCCAAUUUGCAGGGCAGCUUCCUUUUUAUUUUCAAACAUGAAGCCCUUAUGCACACCCUUGCUCUCGAGGCAACAUUGGAUUUCCGGUGCAUUGGAUGUAAUUAUAAUUGUUCUGGAGUUGCGCUCGUAUGUGGCAUUUGCGAUUUCAAGUUAGACACGGUGUGCCUUUUUGCCAUGUACAGUUAGGCACAGAUAUGACAAACACCCUUACAACCUAACCUAUUCUGGCAAUCCAGAAGAGUAUUAUUGUGACAUUUGUGAGGGUGAAAUAAACCCACAGUGUCCGUUCUAUCACUGCAGUGUUUGUGACCAGUCUCUUCAUACAAUAUGCAUCCAAGUUGAUGAAUACUCAAAUAUCAAGAUUGGGGAUGAGCUCAAUGUUGGAGGCCACCCACACCUUCUUACUUAUGUUCGACACCCUAAUGAUAUCUCCCCAUGCAACCGUUGUGGUGAACUUCUCAAAGGUUCAGGCUUUGAAUGUGCACCUUGUAAUUUUAGGCUCCACAUACCUUGUGCUCGUAAUGCAGCAAAUGAGGGAAUCUUGUCGCUACAACAAGAGCGUGAAGUAGUGAUACUUGAUUAAUGGCUUCUUUCCUGCAUUUUAUUAUCUUACAUUUAUGGAUCUAAGGGAAGGUGGAAGGAUGUUGAGAGGAAACUGGUAAAUGAGAAAAGGACUAGAAAACCAUUUGGUUGCUGUUAGAUCGAAGGUGAAGGUAUGUCUGCAAAUUUUUAUUCAAGGUAGGCCUCGUGUGUCAUGAAAACUGAGAUAUAUGAGACCCAUCAAGCUCUAGUGAAUCAUUUGAAGGCUGAAGAGUAUGUACCAAAAUUUGAUUUUGUGCUCAGGAACAUUGAUGCUAUGCAAUGUUUUCCUCAGUAAAUUGCUUCUUGCUUCAAGCUUCAUAGGAGUCUAUGCCAUCAAGAUUGAAUUUCAUCAUUUAGCAGCCUUUAAGUUGAUGAGGACCUGGAAGAGUGGUAAAUGGAUGCUUUCAUCUAAAAUGCAGCAUCUUAUGAUCACUGGUGGAUGGAUCAUGCUUUCACGGUAAAGCAUUUUUACUAUUUAUCUGUUGGAUGAAAAUUUGACAGCAAUGUAGUUCCUCUUUUCAUUUUGGGCUUGAGGGCUCUAUAUUGAUCACUACAUUAAUUACCAGAAGCUAGACCCCUAGACCCAGUGGCCAGAGGUAAUGUUGUACAUCCUCCAGUUGUAAAUGUGCCUCAAGAUCGUGCCGCUCAGUUUGAUUCCAGAAGCCUGUUGGAUUUUCAACCAGACCUCUGUUCUCAGUUUGCCACCAGUUUGGUGGGAUCAGAAGAUGAUCUUUUAAGAAGCCACAUGAUUUGUUCACCAGUGCAAGAUCCCUUUUGCGGGGUUGAAGUUGGAAUACAAAAGGAGGAAGUGAUGUUAUAUACAUUCUCUAUUGCAGCUAUAUAGAGCCUACAUGGAUGAACUUCAAGUAAGUUUUGGUCAUCUCUAAUUUUUUUAUUAUUUAUUUUUUAUUAUUUCUGACAUACUUGUGGGGUUGGUUGUAGUGACCAUUUUUGUUAAAAUUAAGUAUGUUGAUUAAUACAUUAGUCACAAAAUUCCUUUACGAUAAAGUGAGAUUGUUGAGUUCCCUCUACGACACUGCUGAGUUUGGCAUCUGUUGUUGAAUCUACUCGGACAGGAUUAUGUACGACUCGGGAUUGUUUAGCUAGGUGAAAGCUUACAUAUGAGGUUUUGUAGACUAAGUUGCAAAUUUAUUAACAUGUUCUUAGAAUAACAUGUUAGUCCCUGUCUCUGAGCUUGGCCUUGCUGAUGUAGUUUGUCAUUUAUUGAAACUUCAGAUGACAGCUGAUCUUAA